AUGACCACAGGAUCACUAUCUCGGCGAGNAUCAGAACCAACGCUGACUCAAGAAGAAUUGGAUCACAUAGCUUAUAUUCAGAAGCUUGCUGAAGAAACAUCACUCGCAGUUCAGCCACCCUCUCGUCCAGCGCCUCCUUCCGCAGUCGUUGAUGAACACAUGGUAAUGUCAGAUAAAGAUGCUAAAUUUUCGCGUUCUGCCGUCGACUUAGGCUCUGAAGAAGAGACUGAGUCAACCUCGGGAGCAGAUCCAGAGGUGCCAUCUGAUACCGAUUCUCCUCUCUCUGAAUAUGAGCGUCCUUCCCUACUGCUGGAGGAAAAGGAAGGUCAUCCUUCGAUGUCUGUUUUGAAUCAAGUCGAAAAAUAUGAAACAUCAUAUAAGCUUGCGUUACGCAGGCCAUCUACUCCAUCUUGGACAGCUGACGAGGCGAAUAUCGUAGGAGUGGGGAGUGGCUCAGCGCAUGAAAAAAAUGAAGCGGCUCUCUCAGGUCACUCCGAUUAUGAAAUCAAACCGGUUCCACACCCGCUUCUGGAAUCACAGCAGCAACAGAUUGACGUAGAAGGGGCUGUCAGAACGGAAGACGAGCUCUUUCCACAGAAGUUCUCGUAUUUGCCAACCACUCAUGUCGGCGGUGGUUUCAAAGAUAGUCAUCAAGAGGAUUCCCUUCGGAGUGGAGACUAUCGCGGUCUGGACACAUCACAAGUAUCGACUGAUAGGAAACUGCCUCCGAAAGAAUUUGAUCCGCAAGCAGCUUCUUCUCAGAGUGAGUUUUCAGUUCGUACGACCGUCAAGAGCCUCAUCUCGAAAGACUCUCCUAUUGAAGCACACGAUGUGGCUUGUCAUGCACUUCAACUAAAAUCGGGAGAAGCACAAACAGCUCCACUGGCUGAGCCUUAUUCCACUCCCGCCCACUACGAUGUUGACAGGCAACAUCCAAGUCCUGAGGGACGUACUUCAUCAGUAUCUCGGGUUGAAAUGUCCCCUGAAGAGCGUUCACGUGAUGGAGGACCCCUGGAAGAUUCUUGUACUGACGAUUCCUUCCACUACCAGUCGAAAAUGUACGACAGGACCAUAUCGAAUAGCAGCUCUUAUUCCUCACAUGGAUCAACGAGGCAGGUUGCUGCAGAAGGUUCGGGAACAAAUAAUCGCGACCAGAAUAUUGCACCCAGAGAGAAUACACAGAGUUUAGAAGAAACUUCUCAGGGUUCUGGAGAAUCUUCGCGGGGUGCUUCUCAGUCUUCUCGAGGUGAAUCUCGCACAAGCGCUAAGUUUUACAACAGCUCUGAGCUUCCAGAUGGUGGCUCUGGUCAAACUGAUGAAAAUAGGAAAUCAAGAUUCCGAAGACGAUAUACAAGUACAGGCGCUGUCAGUGACUCUGAAAAAAGACGUGAUUUGAGCAGAAGUACGUCUGUAAACUAUACGUCGAAUUUGUCGCGAACAUUAUCAAGGCAAACGUCAUUUAUGUCCACUGAUCAGAAUGGACGAGACAGUUCCUCAGGAGGUAGGAAUAACCCUGCAACCUCCGAGCGUGGAUCUAACGUUCGGGUUAUCUAUACGGAUCAUUCACUGCGUGCAUCACAGUCGUCUCAUCCAGACAGUCCAACGACUUCCAUUUCACGAGAGUACAUGCCUGUAGAAGGCCUUCAUGAUAACGAGAAUUUAGAAUCCACUCCAAAACUGUCGUCAGCCAUCGGCGUGACCGUUGACGCUAUCGAUUCACCAAGUGGCAGAGUCUUUCAUAGAUCGCUUAGUGAAGUGGUCCAGGAGGAAAAUGGUCCCCAACCAUCGGACACCAUUCGGUUUUCGCUGAGUUCUAGUUGCGUUGCCAAUAUCUGCUCUCAUCAUCAUGCCUUCCUCAACGCUUAUGAGCUUUGUGAACAGCAUAGCUUCACGGAUAGCAGAGAUUUAUUGUGUAAUGUGGACUUCCUGUGUCGUCUAAACUUUGCUGCACAUCGACUUACUGAAGACAUUGCCGAUGAAGCUGAGCGUGAUCUGAGAAUGUAUUUCCGAGCUCUGGCUAAUCCUCGAGCACGCUACUUCACCGAUAGCUCACUGCCUCGUCAUUCAACGUCAGUGUCAAGUUUCGACGACGACCAAACCAACGGAGUCGCCUUCACAGUCGAGCCGGCUCCAAAGGACGUACCAACGUUAGGUUUGUUCUCAUCGUUGUUCUCAAGGAGACCGAGUUUUGUCAGGGAACGUGCACGACCUUCCAUCCCAUCUGUCGCAUUACCGUUUGACUCAACAAUGGAUACAAAGUCCAGAAGGCUUUCUGAAGAUCGUAGUGGAGACAUUUUGAAUCUUUUGAGAAGGUCAUCUGGUGUCGAAUCACGGGCAUCUACUAGUAGUCCGAUCAAGCUUCCAGAUCAUGCUUUGGAUGGUUUAUCUCAAACCGAGUUGGAGCACGUUAUGGCUGUGUUGAACAAAUCAAACAGAAGUCUUUCGCCGAGUUUGUCGAGGAGGAACUCAUCAGCUCUUCAAAUGUUGCCCGACAUGGAAAAUCUAUCGGAUGCCGAACGACAACACAUUCAACAUGUUCUGGAGAAAGCCGAACAUCGCACUCCCUAUAUGAUUACAGUACCGUUGUCACAUCAGCUAACUGCGCGUACCGAAUCGUUCCAAUCGUCUGAGGGCAUCUCGAUCGCUGUCUCGCGAAAUUCACUGGACGAUGGCUAUGAUACUCAAAUUCGUAACAUUGAUGAUGCCAUUCGAAAAAUGGAGCAACGAGCGGAAUCCGAGCAGAACUCUGAAAGUCCGCCUCAGGACUCGUCAAAGCCUUCGAAGACCGAAGAAGUCCAGGAAGCGCUUGACGUGACAUCCGCGGCCACGAGAGAAAUAGAGGCGGCUAAAGUUGCGCGUUCAGAAGAUAUCAAGGAAGCUCUCUCACCACAGGCUGUGUCCCCGUCACCUUCAGCUGGGGGCUUCGGCUCUCUGCUUAGGAGAGCAAGCUCAGCACUCUUUUCCGCGACAGAUAUCUGGGGCAAAGAACCGUCUCAUGCAGCUGAGACCAAAUCGCCAGCUCCUUCGAUGGCAACACCUUCGACUACGUUGAACAUGCAAGAAAUCGAACACAUUGAGAAAGUGGCGAAGCUGGCUGAGCAACACAAAGAUGACGGUCGUUCUAUUUAUGCAACCACCGUGAGUAGCCUUCCGUCUUCGGCAGUGGAAACUGCUGCCAAGCCAUAUUCGAAACCUGAGGAGUCUGAGCCAAAAGUAGGUCCAAAAUUGACCCAAGAAGAAAAGCAUGCUGGCGCCAAGCUCACACAGGAAGAACUAGACCACAUUAAGCGCGUCACUGAAAUGGCCAUGCAGGGCGAGAGUUUAUAUGAAGCAAAACGUCCUGUUCAACCAAGAGAUUCUGCUCGCGACGCCCCUGAAAAUCGAGACAUGCCAGCAAAGAAACGCGAUGCCGGGUCUGUUAGUUCUCCUUCUGGUUCAUUGCUCUCCACCGAUGAGCAGCAAGGACGUCGCUCUGUCUCCAGCCUUUCUCCUUCAUCUUCUUUCAUGUUCUCGGUGAAAGGUUUUUCUGGAUUCGGAUUGCAGUCCUUGAAAAAUGUCAUAUAUGGAGCCGAAGAAGCAAAAAGCCCUGUCCAAGAAGGAGAUGUAGACGAUAGUUUCAAAGUUUCUGGAGAACAGCAGGUCGCAGUUUCAGCAGAAAGUGUUCAGACCGGUACCUCUUCAUCGAAAGAGUCCGUAGCUGCUCAACGAAUGGACCUGGACAAGAUAGAGAGGGAGUCCGAGAUAGCUGUAGAUAAGCAGGCAUCUCCUACGCAAAAUGCUUCUAUGCUCACUCAGGAGGAACUUGAUCACAUUAACAGAAUCACACAGAUGGCUAUGGAGCAAGAAAGAAAACAAUAUGAGGAACAACCACGAACUCCACCCGUGACAUCCUCCAUAUUCGGCGCCAAGUCCCUGACCGGGUUCGGGCUCAAAGCCUUCAAAGGAGUGAUGCAGAAAGCAGAAGGAGCGCGAACUGCAAUCGAAGAUUUAGCUACGAGGCAAGAAACUCAACUAGCACCUUCCAGCUCUCAUGCAGAGCUUACCCAAGAAGAGCUUGAUCACAUUAAUAGAGUCAACCAAAUGGCGGCAGAAGGUGGAUCAAUGCAAGGCAACCAACCCCCAUCACGUCCAUCUCUUGGGCAGGCACCUAAACAAGAAGAGCUAACACAAGAGGAGCUUGACCACAUCAACAAAAUUACACAGAUGGCGAUGGAGGGUGAUGACAGGCGGGAUGUUCAUCAGUUACCUCUUACUCGCAAGCAGGAACCAGUCCAGUUAUCCAAGGAAGAACUGGAACAUAUCAAUAGGAUUAACGAAUUGGCAGCAAGAGAAGAAGGAAGGCCUGGACCCGAUCAACGGCCUCCAGUGAUGCCCCUUUCUCAUGAUCAAACGGAACGAGUGAAAGUGGGGAAGAAGCUGGAACAUGCAGUUGAGCAACAACUUCCCUCGGAUUCAGUUGAACAAAUGGAAGAACGUCAACCUUCUUCCUCUAUGUUUGAUGCAAAGUCCAUAACUGGAUUUGGCUUCAAAGCUUUCAGAGGUGUUAUGCAGAAGGCUGAAGGUGCUCGAUCGGCCUUUGAAGAUAUGGCAGCGAAAAAAGAAGUACAUGCUCCACCUCCUGCUUCCCAAGAGAAGCCUGCCCAACUCACUCAGGAAGAACUUGAACACAUCAAGAAGAUUAAUGAAAUGGCAGCGAUGGAGGAAACCUGGCAUGGGCCUAGUCAGCCGUCUAUCGUGACGCCUGCAACCCUUCAUCAACAGGAACGAGAGAAGGAAGGUAUCUUCGAAGAUCUGACGAAAGAAGAAGACGUCCGCCCUUUGCCUCCUCCUUCUCAAGUAGAACCACCUCAGCUGACCCAGGAGGAACUCGAUCACAUCAGUAGAAUCGCUCAGAUGGCUUCGGACGAAGAUCGACAUACUUCUUCUGUGCUUCAACCGCCUGUGAAAGAUUCGAAGGAAGAACUUCCAUCCACUCCAUCCAGUAGCUCAGCUCAUAUCUUCGACACGAGCCCGUUCACUGGAUUCGGUAUGAAAGCCUUCAAAGGAGUAAUGCAAAAGGCUGAUGGAGCCCGGGCAGCUUUGGAGGAUUUGACAAAGAUCAAGGAAGCCCCUUCUCCUUCUGUCGUUCCGAAACAGAAGCUAGCCGUACUCACCCAAGAAGAGCUUGACCAUAUCAAUAAAAUCAACGAGAUGGCCGAGAUGGCGCUACAGGAAGAAACCAGACAGCCAUCUCGUUCGCCGCCCCCAGCUGUUCCAAGUGAACCUCCGGAGCUUACGCAAGAAGAGUUGGACCAUAUUAACAGAGUUGCUCAAAUGGCAAUGGAAGAGGAUGUCAGGCUGGGUGGUCGUGAAGAUUAUAGCGAGGAAUCCGAACAUACAGACGGAGCAGAUGAAAGUGAAUACGUAUCAGACGAGCAGUCGACAGAGCCUCAAACACCGGAGGCUGUGGAGAAGUCUCAACCACGUUCAUCAAUUUUCGACUCUUCGACAUUCAGUACUAAGUCUUUGACUGGAUUCGGUCUCAGUGCUCUUAAAGGAGUCAUGCAGAAGGCUGAAGAAGCUCGAACAGCACUUGAAGAUAUAGGAUUGAAACCUGAUGAUCGUCUACCACCGCCCGUCUCCGAAAAAAUCCCCUCCCAGUUAACCCAGGAAGAGUUAGAGCAUAUUGAGAAAAUUAACCGGAUGGCCAUGGAGGACGAACAAAGACAGGAAGUUCAGCUGCAACCUUCUGCUUCGCUAGGCGGACUUCCUGAUCUUACUAAAGAAGAGUUAGACCACAUCAACAGAAUCGCUCAGAUGGCAGCUGAAGAAGAAAGCAAAGGGCCAGUCCUUCAGACUAUUCCAAUUCCUCAAGAACAACCUGCUCCGCUCACUCAGGAAGAACUCGACCACAUCAACAAAAUCAAUCAAAUGGCAAUGGAACUGGGUGGACCAGAUGACAGCGAAGGCUCACCCCAGCUUCAGCCGUAUCCUUCGCCUCUGGGCAAAGCUGAGAGAGAAGCUUUAUCUACUGCACCUCGUUCUACAGCUCCUCUUUUCGAUAGCAAAGCUUUCAGUGGAUUCGGUCUAAAGGCAUUCAAAGGAGUAAUGCAAAAAGCGGAAGAAGCUAAAGCGGCAUUCGAAGGUUUAACUGAAGUUUCAGAAGAACCCAAACGAUCGGAGGAAGUGCAGCCAGCGGACAUGGAUCAAUCCGAAACCCGUUCCGGAGGCUCUGCAGAAUCUCUCACAGAAGGUGAAGAUACUGUUUCGAUUGGAGAAGAAGCGCUAGAGAGCGAGACUGAGCUGGAUGCCUUCGAUGGUGUUGAACCACGAAAGGAGCCUCAGCCAAGUUCAACCCCCUCUUCUGCGCCUUCAAUGAAAUCGUUUACUGGAUUUGGUUUCAAAUCGCUCAAAGACGUGAUGCAAAAGGCCGGAGAGGUCAAAGACGCCAUCGGAGAUGCGGCCAGUGCGGUAUCCAAAGGCCCACUGAUACCGGGGGUUGGUCGACCAACUAUCCAACAGGAUGAUGAUUCGAGUCGUCGUUCGGGUAAAACUACCCACGAGCCUGAGCGUGAGCUAAGAGAAGAGGAGGACCAACUCUCUGAUGUCACUGAGAAAGCCGAUACCAGUUCGUCCAGAGCUCAAAGUGAAGUUGACGCGACUAGUCGGCGAUCAUCUUCCGCAUCUUCACUCAUCAACGCCAAAGCUUUUACUGGAUUCGGUUUCAAAGCAUUUAAAGACAUUAUGCAGCAAGCAGAGGAGACAAAGACUGCGCUCGAACAGAUGACGACGAAAAAAGCACCCAUGGAAGCGUCACGACCAGUUGAUGAUUCUUUGCAUAUUGAUAGUGAACCACAACUCACCCAAGAAGAGUUAGACCACAUAAACAGGAUCAAUCAGAUGGCAAUGGAAGACGAGUUCAGGCCACAGGAUCAGCUACCAUCGGCAGAUAUCACAGGGAAGUCAUCGGAGCUAACUCAGGAAGAGCUUGAUCACAUCAACAGGAUCACACAGAUGGCGAUGGAAGAAGAUGCUCAGCGCGAUGCCUUUCCAUCACCUCUUGGUCCUUUAGUAGGACCGGCACAGCUCACUCAGGAAGAGAUGGGUCACCUCAGCCAAAAAGCUCGAAUGGCCUUGGAAGAAGUGGUCAGUCAAGAAAUUUCUCAAGCAUCUCGCGGGAGAAUCAUGCAUGAGGAACAACCGAUCGUUACCGAAGGGAGCACGGAUUUCACAAAGCCUUAUGUGCCCGCUUCUCCUUCAGUAAAACCUCCCGAGAAGAUGGCCGAGAAACCGGCUGCAUUCACAACAGCGACCUCAUUAUUCAACACUAAAUCUCUUACUGGUUUCGGCCUUAAAGCCUUCAAGGGAGUCAUGCAGAAAGCUGAUGACGCCCGAACGGCUCUCGAAGAUCUAGGGAUGAAGCAAGAAGUUCGCCCACCUCCGACAGCCGUUCAUGAAAAACCUGCAGAGCUUACCCAGGAAGAGUUAGACCAUAUUAAUAGAAUCAAUCAAAUGGCCAUGGAACAGGAGAAAAGGGAAGACAGGCAGCUUCCACCUGCAACCACCGCACUUACCCAGGAAGAGCUCGACCACAUUAACAGAAUAAACCAGAUGGCUAUGGAAGAUGAAGAGAGGGGAGCUACCAAGCCUCCUCUAGCAAUUUCGCCAGAAAGACCUGCUGAACUCACUCAAGAGGAGCUCGACCAUAUCAACAGAAUUAAUCAAAUGGCCAUGGAAGAGGAAGAUAGAAAAGCUACUCAUCUCCCACCUGCUGUUCUGCCAGAAAGUGCAAUUGAACUCAUUCAAGAGGAGGAGCUUGACUAUGAAAGCAGGCUUCUCGAGAUGAUGAAGGAAGGGCAGACUGAGCAGGAGGAUGUUAUUGCCUCAGUUCCGGUUGACGAACUUCUAUCCCCAGAUCGCGAACAAAUAAGUAGAGGUAUUCGUGAAGAGGAUGAGAAGCCAUAUGAUGAUCAACUGUCUCCUGUGAGUAGCACUGCUUCACGACAAGAUGUACAGAGCGGAAUGAGAAGAAGAUCAAGUGGGUUCGACGUCCGCUCGAUUCCUGAAAUGGUCACCAAGCCGAAUCUGAGCCAAUGGUACGACGAGCAGCUGUCCUUCAUGAAGGAGUCCAUCGCCGAUGAGGAAGAAGAGUAUCGUCUCAGCGAAGGAGAGCGAGAAAAAUCUCCAGUUGCCGAAGAUCGAUUCGCUGAAGAUGUCCACGACAACGAGCCCGAGGUCCCUGCACUACCUAGUCCUGCACAGGUUCCAUCAGUGUCUGCGAUCGAAUCUACAGAAGAAUUCCAUGAAAGUCCUGUAUCAGCUCCGUCAUCGAUCGUUGCGAGGGGCAGGACUGAGGCUGGCAUCGAUCGCACGUCUUCUGCUGCAGCUGCUACUGGUGGCAUGCUGGACUCCAGCCAGGGAGGCCGAUUUCGUCUCUCUGGCCUCGGAAAGUUCGCCUCCGGUGCUCUUGGGAAGGCAAAACAAGCAGCUGCCGAAAUCGCCCAAAAUGUGCCUUCCACCACUAAACUCACGGCCGAGGUCUAUAGUGACGGCACACGAUUUCCUGUGGCUGGCAAUUGCAAAUAUUGGCUUAGUCCGUUUUUCCUGAAGAUAAAUCGCCUUUCGGACAAGUCUGACAGCAUGAAGCAAUUGACUUACAGCCUAAGAUUAAAGAAAUUGAAUCUGAAGACUAUUGGUCUCAGAGAACGGCCAAUACUUCCACUGAAAUAUGUGUGCUAG